AUGGAGGAAGAAUCAAGCUCUGGAUGUCAACUGAGACGACGUCGCGGUCUCGGUAACCGUCGUUUAGAUCUUAAUCUAGACGUCGGUUUCCAAAUAAGCGAAGGUGCUAGCCACACACAGGCGACCCCUUCCCCCAGCUACGUGAGGCUAACGCCUAGUUCUGUCCCCAGCUCAGCUAGACUAUUGCAGGAGUUUAAGAACAAACAACAAUCAUUUGAUAUUCAGGUGGAAGAUUGUGAAGAGAUCGAAAUAAUAAUUGAGAGCGAUGAAGAGGGUGAAGAGGAUGAUAAUGCAGCGGCAACAGUUCCGAAUAGACCGAUCACACCAACACCGGUUCAGGACUUUGGCACGAGCGUUCUUUACAUGGAAGGUCCUCAGGCCACUGAUUUCUUGAAAGUGAAAACGAUAGAACAGGAUUGCUAUACAGAUGUAUCGGACGCCGGAUCAGAUGACGAAGAACAAUAA